AUGGAUGCCACCACCGUUUCUGCCUCCCCCGUUAAGCCGGGCCUCCUGAACCGCGUGCUCCACGAUCCCUGGUUUCAGAUCGCCCUCAUCUCCUUCAUCUCCUUCUGCAACCCGGGCAUGUACAAUGCCCUCACCGGCAUGGGCGGCUCCGGCCAGGUCGACGGCACCGUUGCAGCGAAUUCGAACGUCGCCACCCACGCGUGCACCGCAGGCGCGGCUCUCCUCAUCGUUGGGACCCUGUACGAUUACAUCGGCCCGCGCCUGUCGCUCCUCCUCGGCGGCUGGACAUACGCACUAUACGCAGGCUCCCUGCUCAACUUCAACCGCACGGGCAACGGCGCCUUUGUGAUCGCCGCCGGUGCGCUCCUCGGGCUCGGCGCAGCCUUCUUCUGGGUCGCGCAGGGCACCAUCAUGGUUACGUACUCGACGGACCGCACGCGCGGCCGCGCAAUCGCGCUCUUCUGGGUGACCUUCAACCUCGGCGGGACGAUCGGCUCGCUCAUUAGCUUCCGGCUCAACUACACCUCGCAGUCCGGGAUCGUCACGGACAGCACGUACGUCGCGUACGUCGUCGUCAUGCUCUUCGGCUGGGCGCUCUCGGGCCUCGUCUGCUCGACCGAUCGGCUCUCGGCGCGGUAUGCCGGCGAGCGCGUCCAGCAUGGCUGGUCCCAGCGUCGCCGACUAGGGACGUGGACCGCUGGUCUCCGUGCGACAGCGCUCCAGACCCUGCGCAUCAUCACCGACUGGCGCAUCGCGUGCCUGUACCCGAUGUUCUACAACGCCAACGUGUUCUACUCGUAUCAGCAGAAUGUCGUCAAUGGGGGCUCGUUUGAUCUGCGCACGCGCGCGCUGAAUGGGGCGCUGUACUGGAUCGCGCAGAUGGUUGGUGGGCUGGUGAUGGGGCUGACGCUGGAUCUCAAGCUCGUUGACCGGCGCCACCGCGCAAUCAUCGGGUGGGCGGUUCUCUUUGUAACGGGGAUGGCGAUCUGGGGAGGCGGGUACGCAUUCCAGAAGCGGAUCGAUCAAAGCGGCAGCGGCAGUAACGCUCUGAGACUGGACUUCAAGGAUGGAAGCCGGUACCUGGGGCCCAUGUUCCUGUACUUCUUCUACGGCGCCUACGACUCCUUCUGGCAGGCGUACUGCUACUGGAUCAUCGGAGCGCAGUCGCACAGCCCCACUGUCAAUGCGGUCGUGGUAGGUGCGUAUUCGGCGCUCAAGCCCGCGGGCGGUGCGAUGGCGUGGAGGAUCAAUGCUGAAAAGGUGUCUGGCAUGACACAGUUUGCGAUGAACUGGGGGAUGAGCAUUGGUAGUUUGCUGAUUGCCAUUCCGACCGUCUGGACCCUGCCCCGGGGUGAGGAGGACAAUGUUGCGGCGGUGGAUUCGGCCACUGAAAGAGAUGUAGUGAAUGGCGAAGAGAAGGCGGCGGUGUAG